AUGGCGCUCUUUGGCAAGAACAAGGCCGCAAACGGGACAGCGACAACGUCACGGAAAACACAUGUCGGAAACGGUCGAAAUUUCCAUCUAGGAACAUGGCUUCGUCUUCAUGGGUUUGAUAUCAUUACCAUGGUCCUCGCCGGAGUGGCCGGCUUGGGAAUCUACUUUGCCCCUCCCGCGUAUGACCAUUACUUCCCUAUCCGCUUCCAAGAUGGCGAGGUUAUCAUGCCAUCAAUUGCCGUUCCGAUGCAAAAGGAUCUCGUGCCCAUCUGGGCUGCUGCAUUUGUCGCAUUCUUCGUCCCCUUUGUCUUCUUUGUCCUGUUCCAAAUCAGAUUACGCAGCAUGGAGCACGUCUUUACAUCGACUAUGGGUCUGCUCAAGUCUCUGAUCACUGCCGCGCUCUUCCAAGUCGUCAUCAAGUGUCUUAUCGGUGGCCCUCGUCCUCACUUCCUGGUCGUGUGCAAACCCCAGAUCCCAAAUGGCCUCGUUGGCUCUGGCUACCAAGAGCUCUACUUCACUCGAUCAGUCUGCACAGGAGACAAGAAGGAAAUCAACGACGCAGUCGAGUCGCUCCCAAGUGGACACUCGACAGCCGCAUUCGCAGGCUUUGUGUUCCUCGCACUCUAUUUUAACGCUCAACUCAAACUCUUAUCCGCGCAUAAUCCGGCGUACUGGAAGAUUCUCCUCUUCUUCGCACCCAUCCUCGCCGCAAUGCUUAUCGCUCUUGCCAUGGUCAUGGACGGAUUCCACCACUGGUGGGACGUGACCGUUGGUGGCCUCAUUGGCACUGCGUGCGCAUUCGUCGCAUUCCGCACAACCUUUGCGAGCAUUUGGGAUUUUAGGUUCAACCACGUCCUCCUCCCGCGCACGUCCAGUCUCUUCUUGCGCAACAAGGGUGGUGAUGCAAAUGGAAUGGGUAUCCCUUCGUUUGGAUACGUCCCAGGAGAAUCGGGCCAAUGGCCCGUCACGAGGGAUGGGGGAUGGGGUGACCGCCAGGAAGUCUCGGGCGGCGCGCCAUUCGAUGCAUCCAUGACUGGAGGCGCCGGCGCUGGUGCCGGAGGACUUUUUGGUGGUUCAAGGAACAAUGGAGCAACAGCGAACCACAAUGUAAACCCCAGUGCAAUGCAUCACGGUGAUGCAUCGCGCGCGGUUUGA